AAAGCUGUCUGGGAAAUGUGUUCAGCACUGCCUCGUGAGGCGCCGGAGGGCUCGCCUAGCCGCCAAGGCUCCUGGGAAAUGUAGUCCGGUUUCGGUGGUGUGAAUGAAAAGAGGAGUAGGGUGUCUGGAGUGAGGCCUGAGGGUAAUCCAAGAAGAUGUCGGAGCCCGGGAGAUCCUCCCGCGCCCGCGCGGGUGACUCAGGGCAAGGGCCUAAGAAGAGUGUCCCUAGAAGCCAGUUGCCACGGCAACACGAGAGCGGAAUUGUUCGAGAGAGACCCAGGGAGGGCCAUGAAGGUGCUACUCCUCACUGGGCUGGGAGCCCUAUUCUUCACCUAUUAUUGGGCUGACAACUUUGACCCAGCUAGCCUCCAGGGAGCCCGCGUGCUGCUGACAGGGGCCAGUGCUGGCAUUGGGGAGGAACUGGCCUAUCACUAUGCCCGCUUGGGCUCCCACCUGGUGCUCACUGCCCACACUGAGGCUUUCCUGCAGAAGGUGGUAGGGAACUGCCGGAAGCUGGGCGCUCCCAAGGUCUUCUUCAUCGCUGCGGACAUGGCCUCCCGCGAGGUGCCCGAGCUCGUGGUGCAGUUUGCGCUGGACAAGCUGGGCGGCCUGGACUACCUCGUGCUGAACCACCUCGGGGCUGCCCCCGCCGGCACACGGGCCCACAGCGCCCCAGGGACCCGCUGGCUCAUGCAGGUGCUCCGCCCCUGCUCGAAUCUGCCUCCCACCUCCGGGCGGGUGCGCCAUCCCUCCUGUCCCCAGGUGAACCUCCUGAGUUACGUGCAACUGACUUCCUUGGCGCUGCCCAGCCUGACGGACAGCAAGGGCUCCCUGGUGGUGGUGUCCUCGCUGCUCGGCCGUGUGCCCGCGUCCUUCUCCAGCCCCUAUUCCGCGGCCAAGUUCGCGCUGGACAGUUUCUUUGGCGCCCUGCAGCGGGAGCUGCGUGUGCAGGAUGUGAACGUGGCCAUCACCAGGUGCGUCCUGGGCCUCCAGGAUCGCGCCUCAGCGAAGGAGGGAGUCAGGGGUGUCACCAGGGCCCAGGCGGCCCCGGGGCCCAAGGCAGCCCUGGCUGUGAUCCGGGGCGGUGCCACGCGGGUCUCCCACGUCUUCUACCCGUGGCGCUUCCACGUCCUCUGCCUUCUCCGGGCCUGGCUGCCUCACCCAAGGGCCUGGUUCGUCCGCCAGGAGCUCAAUGUCACUGCCACUGCUGCGGCCUGAGCUCCUCCAUCUUCUCAGAGAGGACCCUUCCCCCAGCCGCCUGAAGGUGGGACACAAACAGACGCCUUUGAGAGGGCGGCCAUGACCCAAGACAGCAUCAUCAAUACAGGAAGGGAAACCAGAAAAACCAUUAGCACCCGGAAGCAAUGAAAUCUCUGGCUCACAGACGCCAGUACCUUGUCAGGGGCCUGGAAGGCAUUAGCUCAGUCUUCUCCGUAGUCAUUGUUGAUGUGAUUGCUGCUUCCAUUGCGCUGAUGGGGAAACUAAGGCUAGAGAGGUGAUGUGGAGAGCCGGCCCUAGGGGCUCCCUGGGAACCACCUGAUUUGUUCUUUCCACUCCUUGCCCUGAGCAAAAGAGAGCCACAAAACCAUCUAUCCAAUGGUAGGGUCCAAAGAGGGGGAGAAGGGAAGGAAUGUGUUUUGCUCUGUACCCGCCUCCCUUUUCAUAAUAAAAAUCCUUUUCCCCUUGCACAUCUGUUGUUCAAAUGUCUUGGUCCUUCCAGCAGGCAGGGAAGAGUGUGUGCACUAGAGCUCUCAACCCCAUCUCACAGGUGGAGAAACAGGCUGGGAGACGGGAGGGGGGCUCACCAAGCAAGUCCGGGCAGUAGGAAGGGUACUGAUGGUGGACCAAAGGCAUUUGCCACACAAAAUACAUGGUUUGUGCAUGGAUAAUACUAACGUGCAUCAAGGACUACACACUUAACAUUAGGAUUGAAAGAGAAAAAACAGAAAAAAAAAUUUUUUUGUUCUUAUCAUGCCUCUCAUCUCUGCGUCACCUAAAAUAAAAUCGAUUCACGCCCUGACCG